AGAAAAAGAAAAGGGUCGUUGGUCCAAAUACACGCACAUCCACAUCACAAUGAUAAACCUAAGAAAAAGGGCAUAACGACAUUUAAUUUCGUAUAGAAUAUAGCCACAGAAUUAGUAUUCCAACUACUAUCAUAGAGAGGAUUUUUUCAGGACAGCCAGAUUUUUUUAAAAAAAUUGAAUUUGGAGUUUUGAUCGAAUUUGAUCUUGCUGCUGGCUCUGCCCUUAUUUGUCACUGCAUUAAUUUUCUUUUUUGUGAUUUUUUCGAUUCUGGAAUUUGCUUGAUCUGUGAUGCUGAGUGUUUGUCUUCAUCAUUUCUGUGCUUCAUUUAUUUUUAUUAUAAAACAGUGAAUUCAUUCUUCUGUUUGGUUCUUCUCAACUUUUGUAUUUCAGGGUCAGGGUGAGAUUACUACUAGUGUGUGAGAGAUCAGGUUUUUAUUGCUGUUAUGAAAUACUGAUGCUUAAUAGUAUUAAUGUUCUUGUUUUCUUUUGCCUUUUCGAGUUUUCGUGUAUAAUAUCGAAAGUUAUCUAAUAGCUGUGUUACAUGCUGUUCCUUCUUUUAGUUUCUUAAAAGGAAGCAUUGAUUGAGUUAUGAGAUAGUAAGACAGAAUGAUGAUUUAUGGAUUGGAUAGAUAUGUAAUCACACUAUGUAGUUUGUUACUCCAGUCUCAAAGCUUUGUGAUGCAAUGCUGUUAAUUCUCUUUCAGGCAGUAGAAAAUGGCAGAUGGUGAGGAUAUUCAGCCCCUUGUCUGUGAUAAUGGAACAGGAAUGGUUAAGGCUGGAUAUGCUGGAGAUGAUGCUCCAAGGGCUGUGUUUCCUAGCAUUGUUGGUCACCCUCGCCACACUGGAGUGAUGGUUGGCAUGGGACAGAAGGAUGCUUAUGUUGGGGAUGAGGCACAGUCUAAGCGUGGUAUCUUGACUCUGAAGUACCCAAUUGAGCAUGGCAUUGUCAACAAUUGGGAUGACAUGGAGAAAAUCUGGCAUCAUACCUUCUAUAAUGAACUUCGUGUCACUCCAGAAGAGCAUCCGAUACUCCUCACAGAAGCACCUCUCAACCCAAAGGCUAACCGUGAAAAAAUGACACAAAUCAUGUUUGAAACCUUUAAUGCACCAGCUAUGUAUGUUGCCAUUCAAGCUGUUCUUUCCCUUUACACUAGUGGUCGUACAACUGGUCUCAAAUUAGGAACGUCCCUUCUCUAUCUUGGCUGUAUUCUUCUCUGAUGGUUUUACCAAUAGGUGUUUGUUACUGAUCAAGCGAAGAGAUGCAGAAGAGGUGAAGACAAUUUAUAGUUAUUU